GUUCUUUUCAUAAUGUUACUCAUACAUAUUUGUUAUAUCUUUAGAUCCUUAGAUUAAUGAUUGAACUCCUUGCACUCAUAGCUAGAAACAGAGUUUACAGUUUGCAUCUACGAAAUUCCAUGUUCCAAUUUCACAAAAGGCUCGAUCUCUUUGGACUGGAAUGGUUGAAAUAUUAUUUUAGUGAGGAUGAGUUUUCCCUGCGUUUCGGGGUGGAUUCUUUGGAAAAUGCUUCCUAACUCGGCGGCUUGUUGCUACGGUGGAGGAGAAUGAAAAUCUUGCACAGACCGCUUGUGACCGGCCACGAAAGCUAGCGAACCUUUAAUUAAGUUAAGUCUGCAAUCCACUGGAUGAACACUGCUCGAUCAAACCCGACUCGACAACCGCACCAGGAAUUUGAAGCUUGACCGCCUCUCGGCCAACCGCCGCUGCCUCAAUCUCAUUCUCAAACUCCACUGCCUUAUCUCCAACUCUCCCUCGCCAUAUAUAUUGUGGGAGGCCAGGUAAUACUCUACAUUAAAUAGUAAGGGUGUAACAGGGAUUAAAGAAUAAUACUAUACAUUAUAACGUGACUUUUUUGGCUUCAGCAAAUGGGUUUAGAAUUUCCCCUAUUAUUAUUAGCUAAUUCAGUUGUUUUACACUUUCAGGCAGCCCAUGUUUUUUUUCUUUAUUUCAUGUGCAGCUCAAACCAUUUAUUAAAAUAAACUCUACCCAUAUUAUAAAAAAAGCAACAGGAAUUGAAGAAACGUGAGUAUAUUAUGUACUGCACUGUACUGGCGUUUUUCUUGCGCAUACAUGUCCGGCGAUGAAGGAUGCCGUCACGCAGCAACUCCCUCCGGCCAAGACGGUGGUUGCUUCUACUUCUUCGGGCAAGCAGUGGUUCCGCUUGGUGAUGGAGUGCAGUCUACAAAACCUCUCUCUUUUUCCCUUACCUAUAAUAGUUAAUAUAAAUUAGGAAUCCUUGUGUAUUUUGGCAACUCUUAUUUUACUAUAAAUAUACCUGUCAGGACUCCUAUUGGAGCACGACUUUCCCGAUUAUCUCACAUGGUAUCAGAGCCUUAACCUAAUUUUUUUCUCUCUCUCCUAAAAUUCCACGCCGCCAUGAGCACUUCGCCCUACUCCAGCGCCGCAGCCAUGGUUUCUUCGGCCAUGGGCUCGGCUGCCGCUGCUGCCACUUCUUCCCGGGCGCCGGCGCACACAACAAUCUCUCCUCAGACGGCACAACCAGGCUUCUCCACGCCUCCGGCCGUCACAGCUGCCAUCUCGAGCGCAACCGGAUCCCCGGUGAUGACGCCGACAUCUUCAACGCUUUUUACCAAUUUUCCUCCACCUCCAAAUUUCUCUAUGCCUGCGCCUAUUCAUCAAUUUCAGUCGUUCCCAUCGCAGCAUACAUGGCCUACGCCAGCCCCUAUCCAGCCGCAAGAUCAUAAUCCACCGCCUCCAACGGUUUUGCAGCCGGCAGUGACGUCCUUCUUCGGCCCUACUUUCUCCGGGUCACUUGGAGUUCUUCGGCCGCCUGAUCAACCGGGAUUUGGCUCCCCGAUGUCUGCCCUUGCUCAGUCUGUUUCCCAUAUUACCACGGUCUCUCAAAUCAUCACCAUUAAACCGAAGGCAGUCGAGGAUUAUCUCACCUGGCGUACACAGUUUGAAUCCUUCUUGGUUUCUCAAGACCUCCUUGGGAUCAUGGAUGGCUCUAUUCAGGUACCCCCGAUGUAUACAGUUGAUUUUCUUAAUCGUCAAGUUCCAAACACAGAAUAUUAUUAUUGGCUUCGGGUAGAUCAAACAAUUCGUUGUUGGUUGUUUGCUACUUUAACUCGGGAUGUGUUAGUUGAUGUUCAUGACCUCAAACAUUCAGCUGCUAUCUGGGCUAGACUUCAGACUCACUUUAUGUCUGCUAGUCUACCCAGAUGCAUGGAACUUAAACAAUUGUUAUCUAAUAUAAAGAAGAAAGAGCCAAUCCAUGGAAUUCUAUUUAAGGGAAAUUAAAAUUGUUGUUGAUGCCCUUGCGGCAAUUAAUUCUCCUGUGUCGGAUAAAGAGAUGCUUCAAGCUAUUUUGGCUGGUUUGGGUCCUGGGUACCGGUCCUUUGUCACUAGUGUCUCUUUAUUCCCCGACCAAUUUCCCUAUGAUAUUCUACAACCCCGACUUUUGGAGGAGGAGCAACGGGUCUUGUCUGAACGCCAACAACAACCAGUCGCUGGACAUCAAGCCUUCGCGGUUGCUGCGGCAGGAGGUCAGCCACAAGCUGGCUACGCCAAUUGCGGCAGAGGGGGCCGCGGUAGGGGUCGCGGCAGGCAAGGUCGAGGACGCGGUAGGGGACCACCGUAUGGGUAUCAGCACCAGGCCACACCGUUUUAUGCUCCACAGCAGCCUGCACAUGCUCCACACCAUGGAUUCGGAUCUGCCCAGUAGGGCUUCGGGCAGCAGGGGUUCGGUCAUCCGCAUGCUUCAACUCAGGGGGUGCCUAAUUCUCAAGGGAACACUUUAGGUUCUGCAAGUAAUUCUAUUUUGUCAACUUUAAAUAUUAAUCCCUAUUUUACUUAUGAUACUUACACUAGCUCUGCAGGUUUUUCAUCAGGUGAGGGAAUUCUUGGUUCCGUUCCACCACCUGUUGUUUGUCAUCUUUGUUUUUCUGCAGGUCAUUCUGCACUCCAGUGUCCCUCUCGUUAUGCUCCACCGUCUGCACCAGCUCUGUUAACUUCCAAUGGUGACUCCAACACUGCUUUAUGGUACCCUGACUUUGGGGCUUCGGCUCACAUGACUCCGACGGAAGGACAAAAUCACGGGGACCAUCCUUCUUCAAGCUCCUAGUCAAGGUCAUCUAUAUCCAGUCAGCCUCAGCCCUCAGUCACCGCUUGCUUUGACUUCUCUUGAUUCGUCUAGCUCUCUUUGGCACCAUAGAUUAGGCCACUGUGGCAACUCUAUUUUAAAUACUUUACGUAGUCAACAUCAUCUAUCUAGUAACUUUAAGUUAUCUCAUGACUGUAUUUCUUCCCGCUUAGGCAAAUCUCAACGUUUACCUUUUACGGAUGCUAGUCAUAAUUCUACAAUGCCUUUACAAUUAAUUCAUUCUGAUAUUUGGCAAUCUCCUAUUUUAUCUAAUUUAGGUUUUAAAUACUAUGUCUGUUUUAUUGAUGACUUCUCUCGCUACACUUGGCUGUAUCCCAUGCGCACAAAGGCUGAAGUUUUUCAUCACUUUAAAUCUUUUAAAUCUUUAGUUGAAAAUCUUGUUAACACUCAAAUUAAAAUUUUUCAAAGUGAUGGAGGGGGUGAAUUUGUUAAUACUAAUAUGCAGCAAUUUUUUGAUACUCAUGGAAUUUAUUUUCGCAAAUCUUUUCCUGACACACCUCAACAAAAUGGGGUGGCUGAACGAAAACAUCGACAUCUGCUCGAAAUUACUAGGACUAUGCUUCUUUAAGCCUCUAUUCCUAGCCAGUUUUGGGUAGAUGCCAUUUUUACUGCUGCAUAUAUUAUUAAUCGUUUACCUUCUCCCUUGCUUGGUAACUCUUCUCCAUAUGAAAGACUCUUUCAAAAAUCUCCUGAUUAUGCUUUUAUGCGUGUGUUUGGAUGUUCAUGUUUUCCUAAUAUUUCUCCAUCUUCUGCAAAUAAACUUUCAGCCCGUUGUGUUCACUGUGUCUUUAUUGGCUAUGCAUCUGGUUAUAAAGGGUAUCGUUGUCUUGAACCUAAGUCUGGUAAACUUUAUGUCAGUCGUCAUGUUAAGUUUCUAGAAACUAACUUUCCUUUUUCCUCUUUAUCAUCCUCCUUCUCUGAGUCAUCCACUUCCUCUGACUUUCCCCAAUUAACUCUUCCCAACACCAUA